CGGCCAAUCGCCAUAAUCGGCGCGGGGGUCUUGGGCCGACGGAUCGCGAGCGUCUUCUCCGCAGCAGGCCACACAGUACACCUCGUCGACCCCUCCUCCCGGGCGCGCAACGACUCCCUAACCUACAUCUCGACCCACAAACCCGAAUACGAGCGAUACAUCCUAAUCCCGCGCAAAGAAGGAGCAUGCGACACGUUCCACGACCUCACCCGGGCAGUCUCCAACGCAUGGCUGGCCAUUGAAACCGUCCCAGAACAACUCCCGCUCAAAGUGGACGUAAUGGGCGCCCUCGACGCAGAAACACCACGAGACUGCAUCCUCGCCUCGAACUCCUCGUCAUUCAAAACAAGCUUCAUGGUCGAGAAGGUAUCCCGUCAGCGGAGACCGCUGGUGUGUAAUAUGCAUUUCACGAUGCCGCCGCGGAUUCGCGCCGUGGAGUUGAUGACCAACGGGGAGACGUAUCUGGAGGUGUUGAGCUUUUUGACCUGGGUGCUGGAUGACUGUGGGAUGAUGCCGGUGACGGCGAGGAAGGAUGAGGGGACCGGGUUGGUGAGGAGUCAUUGUUUGAAUACGGUUAAUUAG